CGAGGACCCGGUCGCAAGUAACACAGACCGGAUGAAUAGAACUCCGAUCUGGACUCUAGUUGGGUGAUUGAUUGCAUUUGUCUCAUGACGUAUUUUAACAGCGUCCGUUGCGUUUUUCUGGCAACUUGGUUGGUGUGCCAUGGCGCCCGUGAGGCCGAUAGCCGGAUGGUCGGCAGGGGAUUUGGAAUCGCGUAGCCAAGGAGUUUCUUCCGUCGGAUUCAAGAAUAACGUGAAGCAGAGGAAGUGGCGACCUAAUCAUCCUCACGCCUUCGUGGGGAGCCUUCGCGAGGGACAAGGGUUUGCAUUCCGAAGAAAACUGAAGAUUCAGCAAAAUUACAGGAAAUUGCUGUGGAGGGAAAAGAAGGCUCAAACCUUACAGGAAUCCCAGUUCACAGAUCGAUACCCUGAGCAUCUGAAACAUCUUUAUUUAGCUGAAGAGAAAAGACUCAGGAAGCCACUUAGGAAAGUUGAACAGCCUUUGUCAAAAGAACUAGCUGAUCAGCCUUUGCCAAAGGAACAAUGUGACAUCGACCAAGCUUUGUCAGAAGAACAUUGUAGUUUUGAGCAACCUCAGUCAGCAGAACAAUGUAGUAUAAGAAUAAAGAAAAAUAAAAAGAAAACAUCAAAUCAAAAAGCACAGGAAGAAUAUGAACAAGUACAGGCUGAGCGUGCUGCUAAGAAACAAGAAUUUGAGAAGAGAAAACAAGAGAGAGAAGAAGCUCAAAGGCUCUAUAAAAAGAAGAAAAUGGAAACAUUCAAAAUAUUGAGCAAAAAGACUAAAAAAGGCCAACCAAACUUGAAUUUACAAAUGGAGUAUCUUCUUAAAAAAAUACAAGAAAAAAAUUAAAUCAGACAUGUAGGGUUAAAAUAUCUGCCCUGAGUUCUUUUGUAUAUGUACUGUACCUCCUAACAGUUAACUAAAAUUGUUAAAAUAAAAUAGAUUGGAAAGCUGUACUAAAUAUAAAAUGUCCAAAUAUUUUUAUUCUUCUGAAAGAAAAUUUUUUAUGUACGCUCUACAUAGUAUGAUUUGUUUCUUAUUUAUUUGCCUUUGAAGGAAGGUGGCCCAAAGAACUGAAAGAACUUUCUAUUUGAACAUGUUUAAGCAUGUAAUAUUUUUGUACCAUAUGAAAUUCAGAUGAGUAAAAUGUUUUGAAAAUAA